AUGAAGUGGGUGGAUUUCAAACUCCAAAAUCUUGAUUUCUGGAUCAGCCUCCAUAGCCAGGUUCAGAGCUUGCUAGACUGGGACAUGGAGAAUGAGUCCUUUCUUGCCUUCACCACAGCAUACCUGCACUUAGCCAAGCAGAACCUUGCCAGACAUAGACUCCGAAUAGUCGAGCCACCAAAACUACCCCUGGAAGCUUCAUACCUGCAUUUAGCCAAGCAGAACCUUGCCAGACAUAGACUCCGAAUAGUCGAGCCACCAAAACUACCCCUGGAAAAAAAAAAUAAUGCUGAUGAAAAUGGUCCAGGAUUUGAGCCCAACCUGUGAAUGUGGGUAAACGCCAACACCGUGUAUCCCCCAGAAAGCUGGAGGUCCCAGAACCUAGUAGGAGGAAGGAUCUGA